GGACGACCCAUCACUAUGCCACUGGGUUUGCUGUAGCUCUGUGUGGCUGUCUACCAGACACUGAAGAGUAAACUACCAAGCGGACGUAGGCUAGUCAGCUAAUCAGGUGCUAAGUCAGUUAACUUGCAGGCAGGCACGGUUGGAUCUCGCUCCUGUGUGGGGAAAUGGUUAUGACUAACCAAGGCGACAAACUAGGCUAGCAACAGUUGAAUGAAGUAGCAGGUCGUUUGUUUUGGGUUGUUUUUAAUUAGCUAAGGUUUAGCUAACGCGGAAGGCACCCCCCCUCACAGAGUAAUCAAUGGUUAGCAUAACGUAACGGAGAUAUCAAGUCUGCUCAUUUCACGUUGUUUCCCGAGUAAAGGAUGUCAAAGCGGCUACGAAACACUGAACUCUGCGCUGACUGCAGUGUUCCAGAGCCUCGCUGGGCCUCGGUGAACAGGGGUGUGUUGAUUUGCGAUGAGUGCUGCAGCGUUCAUCGGAGUCUGGGCAGACACAGCUCGCAAGUCCGCCACCUGACGCACACGCCAUGGCCUCCCACGCAGCUACAGAUGGUUCAGACAUUAUACAGCAACGGUGCAAAUUCAAUAUGGGAGCAUUCUCUUCUGGACCCUGCGUCUGUGACAAGCGGAAAACGCAAGGCCAACCCUCAGGACAAACUGCACCCGAACAAAUCAGACUUUAUAAGAGCCAAAUAUCAAGCGCUGAUGUUUGUCCAUCGCAUGCCUUGCCGAGAGGAUGACAGCUCGACAGCGAAGGAUUUAAGCAAGCAACUUCACUCAAGUGUACGCACCGGGAAUCUUGAGACUUGUUUGAGGUUGCUUUCUUUGGGAGCACAAGCUAAUUUCUUUCACACCGAAAAAGGAAACACUCCCUUGCAUGUAGCUGCAAAGGCAGGACAAGUAUCUCAGGCUGAACUUUUAACUGUUUAUGGGGCAGAUCCUGGAGCCCCUGACAGCAAUGGAAAAACUCCCAUUGACUAUGCAAGGGAAGCUGGCCACCACGAGCUGGCAGAUAGAUUGGUGGAGGUUCAGUAUGAACUGACCGACCGGCUGGCGUUCUACCUGUGUGGGAGAAAACCAGACCAUAAAACCGGGCAGCACUUCAUCGUUCCACAGAUGGCCGACAGGAACAUCAGUUUAGAUUUGUCAGAACUGGCCAAAGCAGCAAAGAAGAAACUGCAGUCCCUCAGUAAUCAUUUGUUUGAGGAGUUGGCCAUGGAUGUCUACGAUGAGGUGGACAGACGAGAGACUGACGCAGUAUGGUUGGCUACACAGAAUCACAGCACCCUGGUGACCGAGACCACCGUGGUGCCUUUCCUUCCCGUGAAUCCAGAGUAUUCAUCAACACGAAACCAGGGACGACAGAAGCUCGCAAGAUUUAACGCACACGAAUUUGCAACUCUCGUGAUUGACAUAUUAAGUGAUGCUAAGCGUAGGCAACAAGGGAAUUCAAUAACCAGUCCCAAAGACAACGUUGAGUUUAUCCUGAAGAGUGUGGCUGUAAGGCAUUGCAGCGACAGUCAGGACAAUGACCAGCCCGACUACGAUAGCGUGGCGUCCGAUGAGGAUACAGAUCAAGAGCUCCCGUCAGGCAAAGGAGAUCGGACAAAGAGCCUGGACUCCGACCUCUCAGACAGCCCCAUUACUAUGCACGAAUACUUGGAGGUGAAAAACGCACUCUCUGCUUCAGAAGCCAAGAUCCAGCACCUCAUGAAAGCCAACAACAACCUGAGCGAUGAGCUGAGGUUGAUGCAGAAAAAGCUGCAAUCUCUGCAAAGCGAGAACACCUCUCUCAGGCGGCAGGUCACAACCAAUAUCUAUCAGAUCCCCAGCGGUUCAGACUACCCUGACCCCUCCAGCCCCUCAGCCCUGAAACGCCGGCAGUCUGCGCGGGCCAGUCGGCCCAUGUCUAUGUAUGAGACCGGCUCAGGCCUGAAGCCCUAUCUCCCUAAAGGGGAAACUCCCUACCCAGAGGAGGGUAUCCCCACCCUGCAACCCUUCCCACCUCAUACGGAAAGGGGCGCUUUUGUGACCACCUCUUCAUCCCUCCCCUCAUUUCCAUCCACCCUGUCUUGGUCGAAGGACGAAAGUGCUCAAAAGGCUUCGAAGUUAGAGAAGCAAAGCAGCAUGCCAGAAAGUGACUAUGACAACACAUUCAAUGAGUCUGAGAUGGAGGAUUCGGGUCUGGGGAGGAGAGGGAGGCUGAGGAGCAGUGGUUGGUUCGGGGAGGGCAGCUCUAUCCCUGAGCUGGAUGAUCUGGAGACGGAGUCCGACCCAACACUUCCCAGCACGGAGGAUGUCAUCCGCAAAACCGAGCAGAUCACCAAGAAUAUCCAAGAGCUGCUGCGAGCGGCCCAGGAGAACAAACAUGACAGACCAUGUGAGCGUGAAGGUGUGCGUCGGCUCAGGCACAGCCUGGGAUGUUUCAGCACUCUGGUGCCCUGGGCCGAGAAGGCCCCCACUCCCCUUCAGCCGCUCAGCCUCCGGUCCCCUGACCCCACCUCCUGGUACUCUGGCCUCUGUCCCUGCCUCCCAGGCACAGUUUUAUUUUCCUCUCCCUCCCUCUGUCUCGGGUCUUUUUCUUCUGUCUCACCUGCUAACAAGCUCUCCUCCUUUUCUUUGAUUGUGGUGCCUACAUUUAUGUUUUUUUCUCCUGAAACACUGACUUUGAAUUUGCUUCAGCUUGUUGAUAAGUUACAUCUAUGCAGUGGCUUGUUUUUUGAUAUGUAGGUGAUUGUUUCUGCUGUGUAGCUGCAGUUUUUUAAAUCAGAAAAUGUGUCCUAGUGUGAAAGAAUCUUGUACUUACAAUGCUAAAAAUAAAUCCGUUAAAUGGCAUGUUCUGUUAGUUGACGUUAACCUGAAGUUGCAGAUGAUGAUGCACGGUGUGGUGUGAAUAUAGCACCUUACUCUGUGAGUUGACUUGCAUGUAAAAGCCCCCAGUUAAUUGAUAUUUUAUAGAUAUU